CAAUCAUCGAAAUCCCGCGCGCUAAAUUUGUAAUAUAUGUGGAUUUCUGCGUGGGCUACGCAUCGCGAUAAAGCAUAAACUACGGUGUUGUCACGCACUGCGGCUCGCUGCGCAGGAUGGCAUCGAUGGAAGACGAUGAAAUAAUUGACGGCAGUGGCGAUGAGCAAGAAGAUAUAACACCAGCGGAUAUCCUUCAGAGGUUGAGACAGUCGUGGAUAGACGAGCGGAUGUGUCCCGAGCUGUUGGAAUACGACGGCGAUGUCGUGGACUGCAUGCUGGACCAGAUCCAUCAGAUGGAGGCCAACCUGAAGCGGGUCAGCAAGACGGAUUUCAAAAUAUCCAUCCACAAAAUGGAGGUGGACCGGAUCCGGUACCUGAUCGCCAGCUACCUGCGCUGCCGACUGCAGAAGAUCGAGCUCUACCACCGCCACCUGCUGGCCAGUGAAGAGCUGCGCCGCCGCCUGUCACCCGAGGAGCUCAAGUUCGCCACAGAGUUCCAGGCGGGCCAGGAGAGCCACUUCCAGGAGGUGGCGCUGCAGCACAUGCCGUCGAGCGGCGCGUCAGCCUCGCAGCCCGAGUCGGGCUCGGAGCCGGCGCCCAGCGCCGAGGGCAGCCGACUGGGCGCGGCCGAGGCCACGGUGGCGCCCAGCCUCGACGCGCACGUCUACCUGCGGGCCGACGUCGACUGCGUCGGCGUGCUCAUCGCCGACGAGGCCGGCGACUCCAGGACGGAGGAGCUGGACCUGGUGAAGGGCUCGCAGUACCUGUUGCGAUACGAACCCAUCUCCAAGCUGCUGCACAAAGGCGACGUGCACCUCAUCUGACCCGGGCGGGACGCCGCUCAGGCGCCGCGUGUGGCGGCGGUCGACUAGCCCUGCGACGAUGCGCCGGGUGCCGGUGGCGCCGAUCCGCCGGACUGUGCCGGCUGAACUCGUGUGCCAUGGUCCGUAAUGCCUACCGACGGCAUUGGGACUGGAUAGAACAGUGUGCGUUGCCUGUCAAUACUGUGUCUCGUAUCAACGACGUUCAAGGGUUCAAGAGUUGUGCCCGGAGCGUGAAGGAUCUCCGUCGACACGAGGAUGAGCGGGGUUGACUUGCCACCUGCGACAUAGGGAACUACACCCGACUUCAGCGCCAGAGGCACCGCCGAUAAGACCUUGGCCUGACACGGCGGCUGUCUGUUCCACGUCCGCCUGUCAGCCCCGAGCACGGACCCAGCCACCGCUGGGAUCGCUAGGGUCGCGUCAACAUGGAGUGUGUAGUUACCCGCCUGACUCCGCGGAGUGUGGGAAAAAUUCAGGACC